UGCUUGCUUAAACAUUUUAUGGCCUAUCCUAGAGUGAACUGCUUAAAAACCAUACCCUUCACAGCGGCACAUACCUAUAUAGCCCAUAUAUGACAGUACCCCCCCGUGGGGGGUUAUCUCACCUCGGCUAGCCGGGAUAGCCCGGCACGAACCGUUUACAUGGUUAAAAGAUAUCCCACCUACCCGGGUGCCCCGGGCAAGUAGACAGGGUGCCGGUGCCCCGGGUAGGCGGGCUACCCUGUCUAGCAUUGAAACGCUUCAAUGCGUUUUCUAAAGAAACGUAUCAGAAGUUAGCCCUCCCAGGGUAGCUCGGUUAGCCGGGGCACCCUCCCUGCAUGUAAACAGGCCCUAAGUCAGUAAUAACCAAAGUGCAAAGGUUAGGCAGUGCGGGCGGGGUCGAUGGAGGGAGUUGGAGGAUAAAUAAACGUUUUAUUAGACGUGUAGUACCAUAUAACAGUCAUGCAUUUAUGCAGCUAAAACUGUAUCUGGUAUGCGCCAAGGUUAUCAAGAAGCCAAUUUUGAUCUGAUAAAAUUCUAUCUUAGGGGUAUCGAAUGGUCUUAGUGAGCACUUACAAACAUGCGAGCAGUGCGUUUGUUUUUGCAAGCACGAGCAGUGAUCACGUUUACCUUGACUGCGAGACAUGGGGCAUAAAAAGCAUAGAUAUAUUCAUUCCCCAUCCUCGAUCUGAUUUAUUUAUUUCACAAGCCUUGAAGCUAUUUUAAAUGUCAAUAAAUCGAAAUAGGCCCAGAAUUGUGAGCAAGGCGAAAUGAUGAAACACAACAAAAAAAUUAUUGUAAAAAGUAACAAGAUACAAAACCGAUAUGUAACUACGGCCACCCUGACCACCGUCACUGCACCCUCGCCACCCUAGCCACGGUCCAACCCUCGCCGCUCUGACCAUCUUGGCAAACCUAACCACUAUCGCUGCCCCCACAACCCUGACUACACCCUAGUCACCUUUUCCAUGCAUCCAAGCUACCUCGCCACCCAAGUGACCCCCGGUUGCAGGCCAUCCUGGCCACCCUCACCACCCUCGUCAUCCUUAUCAUCCUUGCUACCGACAUUACCCUGGCUACAAAAUGUUUAAGCAAGCAACCGUGUACGAUGAUCCUGCUGGUUGGAUCAAUAAUGAUCUAACUGGCUUAUCAUAAGAAAUGAGGAAUAAUAUAAUCGGUACUAUAAUCGGCUGGCAAAACCAGGCGUGGGAAUUCACGGUAUUACACUAAUAUUAACAAUAAUUAUUAUCAAUAAUUAUUGUUCUGCCUCAGAGUAAAAUUUGAACCCUGGCCACCGUUGCCUCCCCAUUCUUACCACCGGCUAGGCAACCCGGCCACCCUGAUUCUGCGUGGCACUUUUUUGCUUGGCCUGAAAACCCUUAGGCUCGAUUUCCAGCCGUUUUGGGAAGGCGGUUGUUUAUCCUCCGAGCAACGAGCUUAGAAACCAGGGCGAAACCCUCCGCUCCCUCCGCUCCCUGCGGACAGUGGGUCACCUCUGACCAAAAGCGCGCGGGCUCUGCAAUCAAGAUGGCGGCGGAUUAUUCGGAAGUUUUGUUAUGUGCUAACUGUGGACGUAAACAAAGAGUUAUGAAACUCUGUACCGCCUGCAGACAAGUGUUUUAUUGUUGUAAGAAGUGCCAAGUAUGUCACUGGCCAUACCACAAGCAAAGUUGCCAGGAUUUUAAUACCAGGGACAGUGAAAGGAAUACAUCUCUAACUUCUGUGCCUUCUACACGACCUUCUAAUUCACUACUCUGGAAAUCGUCUUUUUCGGUGGAUAACAGUGGCUUAGGUGAACUAUAUAAGAAGGAAGACAUAUCUGACGAAUAUUCCAACUGUUCCUCUCAUGUUAUAAACAGUAACAGUUCUGUUAGUGAAGGAGAGUGGAAAAAAGGUGGAGAAAAAACUUUUGACUCUGAUAAACUUAGUAAUGCAAUACAACAAAUCUGCUUGCCAUCUUCACAGGAAAGCAACAAAACUGAAAAUGUCGCAGAGAAGGAAACUGUUAAAAUUGUCAUUAAACACAACAAAGUGAAGCAGGAACUCACAGUGUCAAAAUCAGACAAUCAUGGUGAUUCAAUUUUACAAGUUAUUUCAGAUUCUGUUAGCAUCCCAAAAUCAAAGCUAAAACUUAUCCAUAAAGGUAAGAUUGUGACAAGCGAUAAUAUAAAGGAGAUGCUAUUUGAUAAAGCUUUAUUUUUAGCAUUUGGAGAAAUUUCUGAAAGUGAAGAAGGCUUAGAGAAGGCAGACAUUGACUUGAUUGUUGAGCAGCUUGGCAUAGAUAGAAAUCUUGCUAUCAGAACCUUAAGAAAGACAGGCAAUGUUCUUGAUGCUAUAAUCGAGAUUGGAAAUAUGUGAAGAUGUGUUAAAUAAAGUGAGUAAAAUAUU